UCUUCUCGCCUUCAGAAGCUAUGGAGUUCUUUGAAGCCAAUGAAAUUGCCAGACCAAUUACCAUCAGAACUAACACUUUGAAGACUAGACGUCGUGAAUUGGCCCAAACCUUGGUCAACAGAGGUGUUAACUUACAACCUAUUGGAACAUGGACAAAAGUGGGUUUGCAAGUCUUUGAUUCCCAGGUUCCGAUCGGUGCCACUCCUGAGUACUUGGCAGGUCAGUAUAUUUUACAGGCAGCGUCUUCAUUUUUGCCAGUAAUGGCAUUAGAUCCUCAAGAGAACGAGCGAAUCUUGGAUAUGGCCGCUGCUCCCGGUGGUAAAACCACUUAUAUCUCUGCAUUGAUGAAGAAUACCGGAUGCGUGUUUGCUAAUGAUGCUAAUAAAGCUCGUACCAAAUCAUUAAUUGCCAAUAUUCACAGAUUGGGUUGCAAAAACACAAUUGUUUGUAACUACGAUGCCAGAGAAUUUCCUAAAGUGAUUGGUGGGUUCGACAGAAUCUUGUUAGAUGCUCCAUGUUCUGGUACUGGUGUUAUUGCUAAGGAUGAGUCUGUUAAAGUCAACCGUAACGAAAAGGAUUUCAUUCAAAUCCCCCAUUUACAGAAGCAAUUAAUUUUAUCUGCUAUUGACUCUGUUGAUGCUAACUCUGCUACCGGAGGUGUGAUAGUAUACUCCACUUGUUCUGUUGCCAUUGAAGAGAAUGAAGCUGUUGUCGACUAUGCUUUAAGAAAGAGACCCAAUGUCAAAUUGGUCGAAACUCACUUACAAGUUGGUAAGCCCGGUUUUGUUUCUUACAGAGGAAAGCACUUUGAUUCAAGUUUGUCAUUAACCAGAAGAUACUACCCACAUACUUAUAAUGUUGACGGGUUUUAUGUUGCCAAGUUCAAGAAAAUUGCCCCAUCUCCUCAUGAUGUGUCUAAGGCCGGAGCCAACGAAAAAGAAUUGUUGGCCAGAGCUGAAGCUGAAGAGGAAGGUAUCAUUAAUGAUGACUUUGCUGAAUUCGACAAUGAUGAGGAUGCUGAUCUCAUGCAAAAAUCUAUUAAGAGAAGUAUGAAGAAGAAGGGUAUCAACCCUAGUGGUACGAAGGCUUUGUAGGAUGAUGAAGACCUUUUCCAAUUCUUGUAUAUUAUAUAAGGUUCAAUAAAUGAAGUGAAAAAUUACAACAACGAAACGUUACCGAGUCCAUGCUCCUUGAUGUACUCAGGUCCAUAUUCAUCGUAUUCAGCUUUAGUGACAUAACUGGAUUCACAUUCGUUUGUUGAAGACCAUAAUUGCAUUCCCUUCCAAGGAUCUACCGUAGGGUCUCUAGCUUUACGAACCCUGAUAGGAGCUCCAACAGGUAAAAAACUGGUGAACUCUUUGACAAUCCUGGUAUCAAAAUUAGGCAACCUACUCAAUCCACCUGUGAUAAAAAUGUCUUGCACCACAUUGUAAGACUGCCCACCAGGCUUAAAAUUACCAUCAAGUCUUCUAAGAAACAAGUCUUGCAGAAUUUCAGAGAUUCCCGCCUGGUCAAGUCCAGCUAUAUGAGGCUCAAAUAGUAUUUCAGGAACCCUUAUUCUUUCAACAUUCAAGUGCAAUUGAUGAUUCUUUAAGAUGAUUUCAGGCUUGGUGGCUAUUUCGUCCGGGUCAAUCCCUUCGAUUUGCAUGGCAAGCGAAAUGUUGGGACGUGGUCCAUGUAUAAACUUGUGAAGAGCCAGGUUCUUCCAGUCGAACGUCAGUGUUGCAGCCAAAGUGUCUUCAUGGUGGAAGUUUGGAUCAUGAUCUAAAAGUUCAGCUUCUAAGGCUAAAACGGAAGUAUGGUCUUCGGCUUGUUCCUCCUCAAGGUUAACAUUAGAAAUGUCCCGAUAUAGAUUCCAAUCAUCA